AGAGAAUCUAUUUCUUUUCAACUUAAUUUAUGAUCCAUAAAAUUCCAGAAGGCACCGGCGGCCUUAAUAAGUUUCAUCUAGGCCCGCCCGCAUGGCCCAGGGGGGAAUAACCUUAUUAUCUUCACACUAUAUUACUUAUUACAUCGCCCUCCUUUUCUCAUCAAAAACAUAAAUUCCACAUCAUCAUAAUUCUUAAUAUCAAUGGCGACGGCAUUGGCAUCAGUUGGGGGAGUAGAGAACUCGAAAAUGACACGUGCAGGAACAAAAAGAACAAGGGAAGAAUUGAAACAAGGAAUAGCUGAGUUUUACGACACAUCUUCAGGGAUUUGGGAAGAUAUAUGGGGAGAUCAUAUGCAUCAUGGCUUUUAUGAUCCUUCUUCAUCUGCUUCUCUUACCCAUCACCGCUCCGCCCAGAUUCGCAUGAUUGAAGAAGCCCUCCGCUUCGCUGGCAUUCCUGAUGAUCCGAGUAUUAGAGAGCCAAAAAAGGUGGUAGACGUAGGUUGUGGAAUAGGGGGAAGCUCUAGAUAUAUAGCCAAGAAGUAUGGGGCUACAUGCCAAGGUAUCACCUUAAGUCCUAUACAGGCUCAAAGAGCUCAAGCUUUGGCUGCUGCUCAGGGAUUAGCUGAUAAGGCAUUCUUUCAAGUAGCAGAUGCGUUGGAGCAACCAUUUGAGGACGGACAAUUUGAUUUUGUUUGGUCAAUGGAGAGUGGUGAACACAUGCCUGACAAAAGCAAGUUUGUCAGAGAAUUAGCCCGAGUAGCUGCUCCAGGUGCAACGAUAAUAAUAGUAACAUGGUGUCAUCGAAACCUUUCUGAAUCAGAAAAGUCGUUGAAAGCUGAUGAAAUAAAAUUGUUGGAUAAAAUAUGUGAUGCUUAUUAUCUUCCAGCUUGGUGUUCUGCUAACGAUUAUGUCAAUUUGCUUCAAUCCCUUCAACUCCACGAGAUAAAGUGUGAAGAUUGGACCAAAUAUGUUGCCCCAUUUUGGCCAGCAGUUAUACGCUCAGCCUUGACUUGGAAGGGCCUGACUUCACUACUUUGCAGCGGAUGGAAAACAAUUAAAGGAGCAUUUGCAAUGCCAUUGAUGAUUAAAGGGUACAAGCAGGAUCUAAUCAAAUUUGUAAUUAUUAGUUGUCGAAAGCCUGGAUAAUAAUUAGCUUAUCGGAACCCUAUAUUAUAUUAUGGCGGUUUAAUAACUAGUAGUGUACUACUCCAUCCCUCCCUUUUUACAAUAUUAAUUAAGUUUGAUAUUUAGCAAGAUAAUUAAUAAAAGUAUUUAUGCUGUGUUUUACUUCACAUUUUACAUUGGAUGUAGAAAUUAGGGUAUGAAUUUGGUAUGUGAUGUAUUAAUUUCUCAUUUGUUAUUGGAUUAAGCAUUAGGGGACUAU